CUAUAGCUGUGCUCAUCAGUUGGCGCGACCUAACCUCAAAUUCGGCCACUCCGCGGCGACGACGGCCGCGUGAGCACGUUCUGUCUCGCCCGCGUGAACGGCACGUACACGUGACACGUGUUAUGGCGGGGCCGCGAUAGCCAGCCUCGUCGGAACGUCGUGCGCGUCGUUUGCCGUGCACGCGGACAUCCUGAUCCCCGCCUCGGGACGAUGGCCGACCUGGAGUACGCGCGGCUGUACCUCAGCCUGCAGCUCAACGAGGCGGUCAGCUGGUGGUGCUACUACAUCCGCGAGAUCUCGUGGCAGCUGCUGAUCGCCCUGCUGGCAUACCUCUCCGUCUGCGUCUUCCUCUACGCGAUCCUCAGGCGGGUGGGCCACGCCGCCUGGCAGCUGCCGGGCCCGCCUGGUCGGCUCCUCCUGGUCACCGCUCAUCCCGACGACGAGGUCAUGUUCUUCGGGCCGCUCGUCUACUGGCUGGCACGCUCCAAGGCCAGCGAGAUCUACCUGCUGUGCUUGUCCAUGGGUGGGGACAGAAGGAGGAUAGACGAGCUGUGGGAAUGUACCAAGGUGCUGGGAAUCCCAGAGGCCAACGUGACGAUCCUUAUGAGCGGCGAGCUGCCGGAUGAUCAGGGCGUGCAGUGGCCAACGGAGACGGUGGCGGAGAGCAUCUUGCAGUACAUAGAAAUGUAUCAGAUCAAUGCCGUCGUGACGUUCGACAAGUACGGAGUGAGCCGGCAUAAGAAUCAUAUCUCCUUGUAUUUUGCGAUCGCCGCGUUGUGCAUAGAGAAAAAAGUACCUCCUUACUGCAAGCUGUACGUGUUAGAGUCCGUUAAUAUAAUCAGGAAGUACAUUCAGCUCUUAGAUUUGCCCGUCAGUCUACUCUCGGCCUCGUACUGGUAUCUGGUGACGUACGAGCAGAAGCGAACGAUCAAAAGUGCCAUGGCUGCGCACAAGUCCCAGUACGUCUGGUUUCGCAAGUUGUACAUGAUCUUUUCGCGAUACACGUUCAUCAACACCCUCCAGGAGGUCAGCGCCCUCGACCUGGAGCUGGACCUCCAGUUCGACGACGAGGACUGAGCGCUACGCGACGAAUUGUACAAAAACAUGUAAUUGACGAUUGACGCUGUACAUACAUACACCUUUUGUCUACCCCGUUAAAUUACAUGAAAUGAAAAUCAAGUACCAAAGCUACGGAAAAAACUAAUCAAUACGAAAACUUUACUAAAUAUAUAUAUAUACAGAGACAUACUUUGUAAGAGGGAAAUAUUUUUUUAUUCAUUAAUUAUAGAAUAUAAUAUAUAUCGUCGUAGUUACUUUCGAACGCGAGAGAGACACGCGGCACGUAUAUAUCUCUCUUACGGCGCGAUAAAUCGGAUUUCUUUCCUUAAUAGAAAAUACAAUACUGCGUGCCGUUUUAUUCUUCUCUAUUGUAUACAACCUUUUUUGCAGCUGCAUAUAAAUCGUCGUUUGAUAUGUGUAUAACUUUACUCAUCAGGUGUGUACAAUAAAAAGUUAUCUAGAAUUAUCGUAAAAAA